CGGUAUUCUACCAUGGAAAAUCCGUAACGGUCAACUUGGCUAACCUCAGCCAAUUAAUAAUGAUCAGUGACAUUGCGGCGAGUGUUGCGACAGUCAGGAACAGUUUACGUUUUGUUUCUUGCAAGAAUUUAAGGUUACGUUUUAAUCUGUUCAUUGGAAAUGCCUCUGGUCUCCUUUCAGUAAAGCAGUUACGCGUUUUGCAUUCUAAGCUUGCAAGCUUCCCUAAAGGUGCCUUGUACGCAUGCUCUCCAGUUGGAUUGAAAGCGUACUCACACAACCUGAAGCUACUGCAGUUAUUGGUUAAUAUAUUAUACUGCACCACUUCUCAAUAUGGUUGUUCAAGUUGUUUUGUUGCUCAACCCGCUACUUUUAUUUAACCAGUCAUCUGUCACACCUUGACCUUUGACCCAGAUAACAUAAAUUGUGACAGAAAUAUUUAGGCAGAAAGUUGUUUGUCUGGCAUUGAUGAACCAUGCAAUUAAUACAAUAUAAAAGAUAUAAAAUGGAGAGAGAUCUGGCAGAUGGUACCAGAGAAAGAGUGACAGAUGAUUGAGGUGCGUGAGGCAUUAAAACUGCAACCUUCUAGUUAACCACCCUGAUCCUACACCACUACUUCACAUCACCCAUGCUUUUGCAAGUAUGACUAAACGUCCCUCAUGUAAUGAGGUUCUUUUAUGGAUGGGAGGUUAGCAGUCACCCAAAGAGGAGGUCAGCUGGAAGCAGAGGAUGGGUCAUAUCACAGCACACAGGAUCCAGAGAGAGACCUGCCGCUGUUCACCACAGCACCCCCCUUCAGUAACCUCGACCACCACCCGCCUUUCAAGCCUUUCCCGCCGUAUGACCCGCGGCGCCAAAGCCACGAGCAGUACUUUCAUGACAGCGGAGGGGCGUCUCACCAUCCCACAAUGCCAUCCUCUAGAUCACAUCAUCCCCGAGAUCCGUCCACUCAGCUGGUCCCACACGAGGACGCUCCUCCGUUCUCUGAUGUAGCGGCUUCUACACCCACCACUCCCGCUCCAUCUGCUGCUGCCCUCACCCAGUCAUACAUGACCAACAUCCAGCGUGGACCUUCAGCAGAUACCCAAAAGAGAAGCUCAGAGGAGCCUCAUGUGGCCAUGACCAUAGGAUCGCUGACCCCCACAGAUGCGCACCCUUCUUCCAAAAUACCCUCCAACAUCAGGCCCAAGAAUGCAACUAUCCAGGUGAAAAAUGCCAAAGAUAAAGUACAACAUGAUGCUACAGGAAGUGAUGUCAAAGCAACGUCACCAUCAGUGUCUGGGGAUUUGGAUGAUGAGACCACCACAUCCACCAUAAUCACAACAACAGUUAUUACAACAAUGCAAACGCCAGCUCCAUGCAGCACCAAUUUCACAGCACCGGGGGGCUACAUCGAGACACCACAGCAUGCCCGGAACUGGUACAAUACAAAUAUGGACUGCACAUACACCGUGACCGUCUACAUGGGCUAUGGGGUGGAAAUUCAGGUGAUGAAUGUUAGCCUGGUUGAAGGAGACGUGGUCAGGUUUGAAGAUCUGGGUGGCCGCGAGCCUUCAGUCUUGGCUAAUGAGUCCAUCCUGCUGAAAGGUCUGGUGGUCCGCAGCUGGAGCAACCAAAUCGCCAUCCAAUUCCGCAGCCAGCAACCUCAAUCCAGCUUCUUACUGCUGCGUUACCAAGCGUUUGUAUUGAGUUGUAACUUCCCUGAUAGACCGGCUUACGGGGAUGUUUCUGUGACCAGCCUGCAUGCAGGAGGAGAGGCUUACUUCUACUGCUUUAAUGGAUACCAACUGCAGGGUUCCUCCACCCUGAUGUGUCGCAAUGCUACCACACCCUACUGGAAUGGAAAGGUGCCCCGUUGUCUCGUGUCCUGCGGGGGGAUGCUAAAGAAUGCCACUCUCGGUCGCAUCGUGUCCCCUGGUUUCCCUGGCAACUACAGCAACAAUCUGACCUGCCAUUGGAUCCUUGAGGCGCCCGAGGGCGAACGGCUCCACGUGCACUUUGAGAAGGUGGCCCUUGCCGAAGACGAUGACAGGUUCCUCAUCAAAGAUGGAAACCACAUUGAUUCGACUAUACUGUAUGACUCAUACGAGGUGGAAUAUCUGCCGAACGAAGGGAUCGUCAGCACCUCCAGGCAUCUUUUUGUGGAGUUUACGACGGAUGGCAUUGGCACCAACACCGGGGUUGCCAUCAGAUAUGAAGCUUUUGCGGCGGGGCACUGUUACGAGCCGUUCGUCAAGUACGGCAACUUCACCACCACUGACAGCACCUACGCUGUGGACGCAGUUGUGGAGUUCACCUGUGACCCUGGCUACACCCUGGAGCAAGGCUCCGUCAUCAUCGAGUGCAUGGAUCCCAGCAACCCGCAAUGGAAUGAGACUGAGCCCGCCUGCAGAGCUGUAUGCAGUGGAGAGAUCACAGAUUCAGCGGGUGUGGUGUUGUCCCCUAACUGGCCUGAAGCCUAUGAUAAGGGCCAGGACUGCAUCUGGGGGAUCCACGUAGAAGAAGACAAGAGGAUCAUGUUGGACAUCCAAGUUCUCCACUUAGGAAAGAAUGACCUGCUGACCUUCUAUGAUGGUGACGACCUGACUGCAAAGAUAUUGGGCCAGUACAGUGGCUCCCGUCCUCGGUUCAAACUCUACACCUCCAUGGCUGAUGUCACCAUUCAGUUCCAGUCAGACCCUGCAACCAAUAUCUACGGCUACAACAACGGAUUUGUGGUGCACUUUUUCGAGGUUCCCCGAAACGACACCUGUCCAGAGCUUCCUGAGAUCUCUAAUGGCUGGAAGACAACAUCUCAUCCUGAUCUGGUGCAUGGCACAGUGGUGACAUAUCAGUGUUACCCGGGCUUUGAGGUGGUGGGCACUGAAAUGCUUAUGUGCCAGUGGGACCUAACCUGGAGUGGGGAUCUGCCCAGCUGUGAAAGAGUUCUGUCAUGUCCAGACCCAGGCACAGUGGAGCACAGUCGCAGGGUGAUGUCAGGGCCGCGUCUCAUCGUUGGCUCUACCGUACAGUACAUCUGUAACAAAGGCUACUCGCUGUCAGGCAACAGCCUUCUCUCCUGCUACCACCGCGACUCCACCGGCCCCAAAUGGAGUGAGAGACUGCCUAAAUGCAUUGCCGAUACGUAUGAGCCAUGUAGGAACCCUGGCAGACCUGCCUACAGCAUCCAGAGCUCAGACAAACACAUGUAUCAGGCAGGGGAGACUGUACGCUUUUCCUGUCUCAGUGGAUAUGAGCUCCAGGGUGAGCCUGCUCUCCGUUGCGUCCCCGGGCACCCAUCCAAAUGGAGCCGCGCGCCCCCUGUGUGUAAAGCUCUCCCUUUUCUCCCAGCUGGAACACUGGAGUACAUAAAUGAACGCAGGAUAGAUGUGGCCAGCGCAGACUUUAGUAUUGAGGGAGCAAGUGUGGCUGUUUCCAUCUUCAUCCCAGUGGCCGUAAUCCUUAUUAUCAUCAUGUCAAUAUAUUUCUACUUUUCAAGGGUGCAGGGGAAAUCGCUACGCCUAUCCAUGUCAACAUCACCACAAUACGAUCACAUCCGAGGAGAGGCUUUCGAAAACCCCAUUUAUGAGAAUGCGAGACCUAUGAUUCAAACCAGCCACCAGAAGUACUCUCUAGGAUUCUGUUGUAAAGAAAAACCCUGUAAGGAGAGUUGAUAUUGGAAUAGCAUCACAUGGACAACGCCAUGAAGGAUACGAGAGAAUAUGAAGUCUCCAUUUAAAUCAAUCAAUGGUCAUUUAGCAUGGAGGACCGCAAGCCUUUCUCUGCCUUGUGGAAGAUUUCCUCUCACAUCUUGUGUAGCCACCUCUGCUCUUAAUCUUCCUUCCUUCUCAUCCUUUCCCACCUGCUGUAAAUACCAUCUUUGCUUCGGAGGACUUUCACAAGCGAAGAGUGCGGACAACAUGAUAUUAUUUUUGUAGAGCUUCGAUAGCCAUGGCCUAGCAGAAUCGCUUGUACAGUUUUUACCCGAACCGAGCCAAAUUCAAUAGUAAUUACAAAUGAAUGAAAACGGGCAAGUUGUGUCAUUAAAGUGAUUAAUGUCUCUCUAAACUGAUGGAUUUAUUUAUUUACUUUAUCAAUUGUGUUAUCUAUCUCACAACCAAAAUAACUCGAAAUAAUUCAUGAUCUACACGGGCAGCAGUAAAGCAUCUGGAUUAUAAAUAAAAAAUGUUUGUGGCCUAAUGAAAUGAAUAAAAUUCACAACUGAAUAAAAAAAUCGUAAGCAACUUAUGCAUGGGUUACAGCUUAUUCAUUACUAUUUUAAUUUCCCACGCAUCAUGAAAAUGUUUUAUUAGAAGACCUGUGAGUAUCAACCUUCACAAUUUCACAAAAUCUAGUGCUGUGCAUGGGAACGUGUACAUGGUUCUGUAUCCAAUGUGAAGUGGUUCCCUGUUUCUUAAAGGUUGUCUCAAGCUUAUCCUUAAUUCUGAGCAGCCUGUGUGUGUACAAUGUCAGACUAAGACUGUUGGGUACAAUAAGUGAUGUCUACCUGCUCUAAAUGUUUGGAUAUAUAAGCCAAAAGUUCAACUACAUGUACAGGAAAUAGGCCUAUGUGUAAUUCAUCCCUGUUCACCUUAUAAAUUGGCUCUAAUUUUUUGGUUUUGUUUAUUUUUGUAUGUUUUUAUACACAUGACAAAACAAUUGACUCUUUCACUCUUAAUCUAUAAAUAUCUAAGAAUGUACAUAAAAAUUUGUAUUAGAUAUGGCUUAAAUGUGUGUAUAUAUGAGGUUUAUCUAUUAUAGAAUAGAUCAUUGUUUAUUAUUUGAUACUGUCUGGAUCAUCUAUGACGAUUAAGUACCUGUUCUCCAUAUGAAUGUUGUCUGUACUGAUAAAAAACACUUUGUGUAAUUAGCAAAAGCUGCCAAAAACACAUGACUUGCAUCGUGGGUGUAUGUUUCAAUGUUUCACUGUCUCUCUGAACAUCAGAGUUUAAGGAAGCUAAGAACGAACAUUACAUGUAUGAAUGGUUUAAGAGUCUUGAUGAACUCUGUACUUAAUACAGAAGUGUUAAAUGAACCCCUUGACAGUCUUCACUUUGAAAUAAUCAUAUUUUUGCUUUACUGUACUGUACUGUAAUUCUUUACUACACCAUUGUCAAAGCAUACGUUCAAUUAAAAAUGAUAUCCCAA